AACACGCACACACACCGAAACGGGGCAACUUUUCUUCCAAUCUUUUCACAAAGGACUCGAAAUCCCAGAACCAGCAUGGAAAAAAAUAGCAGCGCGCUCAGGAGUGUCCGAUCAGGGCACGGCGGAGUGAAUCAGCUCGGAGGGGUCUUUGUCAAUGGUCGCCCUCUCCCCGAUGUUGUCCGGCAGCGGAUUGUCGAGCUGGCCCAUCAAGGGGUGAGACCCUGUGACAUCUCCAGGCAGCUCCGGGUGAGCCACGGCUGCGUCAGCAAGAUUCUGGGCAGGUAUUAUGAGACUGGAAGCAUUAAGCCAGGAGUAAUUGGAGGAUCCAAACCAAAGGUCGCUACACCCAAAGUGGUAGAUAAAAUCGCCGACUAUAAGCGCCAAAACCCCACCAUGUUUGCCUGGGAGAUUCGAGAUAGACUGUUGGCAGAGAGAGUCUGUGACAAUGAUACAGUGCCUAGUGUCAGUUCUAUUAACAGGAUUAUUCGAACAAAGGUGCAGCAGCCUCCAAACCAGCAAUCGCCAGUGACGUCCCAUACUAUAGCACCAAGCACAGUGGCAGUGACUCCUGUUCCAUCUGCUGCCACUGACCCUGCGGGAUCUUCCUACUCUAUCAGUGGCAUUCUGGGAAUCACACCUUCCAGUGCUGAGAAUAACAAGAGAAAACGCGAUGAAGGUGCUCAGGAAAACCCCAUGCAGAACGGACACUCCCAUCCGAGCCGGGAUUUUCUGCGGAAACAGAUGAGGGGUGAACUCUUCACACAGCAGCAGUUAGAAGUGUUAGACAGAGUCUUUGAAAGACAGCACUAUUCAGACAUCUUCACAACCACAGAACAGAUCAAAUCAGAGCAGAGUGCAGAUUAUUCCACCAUGGCGUCACUGGCUGGGGGACUGGAAGAUAUGAAAUCGAGUCUAACAAAUUCAGCUGACAUAGGGACCAGUGUCCCUGGACCUCAGUCUUACCCCAUUAUAACAGGUCGCGAUUUGGCCAGCACGACUCUUCCUGGCUACCCUCCGCAUGUGCCCCCUGCUGCUCAGGGCAGUUAUCCAGCCCCAACACUGACAGGAAUGGUGCCCGGAGGUGAUUUUUCUGGGAGUCCAUAUUCCCAUCCACAGUAUACGACUUAUAACGACUCCUGGAGAUUUCCCAAUGCUGGAUUAUUAAGUUCUCCCUAUUAUUACAGCACAGCAACCCGAGGGUCAGCACCAGCAACUGCUGCAGCAACCUACGAUCGUCACUAG